AUGUCAAGGUCUACUGUGUUUGUGGGUAGACAUUAUAUUUCUACAGAAAGCUACGACAAGGCAUUGAAAAACACGAACAUUGCUACAACAUUGACUUACUCGUAUUGCCAACAGCAGUUCAUCUUUUCCCUAAAGAGUUUCAUAGUCAGCAACACAAAAUCUCUAGAAAUGAGCAAGGAAACAAAAGCGAAAGUUGCUGGAGCCUUUCGUGCUAUGAAGGCUCUAGGGAUUUCUGAAGAAAAAGUGAAGCCUGUUUUGAAAAAUUUGCUGAAACUGUAUGACAAAAACUGGGAGCUAAUCGAAGAAGAAAAUUAUAGGGCCCUUGCUGAUGCUAUAUUUGAUAGAGAUGAACGAGAAGCAGAACAGCGUUCAAAGAAGACUGUGAAUAAUGAUGCAGUAGAACAGUCAAAGAAGAUCGUAAAUACUGAAGAAGAAGAAACUCAGGUACCUGAAGAGCCUGAGCAGCCACUGAAAAGAUUGCGACUUAGGUAUCGAGAUGGUCAGACUUCCUCAAAUCCAUCUAACAGCGGCUUGGCAAAACCUUUACUUAUCGAGCCCAAAGAAGAAUCCAGUGAAAUACCUGAAACACAUCCUCUGAAGAUAAAUGGGUCACUUAGCAAAUUGGAUCCACCUCCGCCCAAUGCGGAAAACACGACAAGCCAAUCAUCAGGUAGAAAUAAAGGGAAACAGCCUGUUUAUUCCAAAUCCUUGGUUCUUCAUGAGAAUUCUGAUCCCUCCCAGCCCAGUGGCUUCAGCAACAGCCCACAAAAUGACCAAUCGAGAUCUGGAAUGGGUAGAAAUAAAGGGAAACAGCCUGUUUAUUCCAAAUCCUUGGUUCUUCAUGAGAAUUCUGAUCCCUCCCAGCCCAGUGGCAUCAGCAACAGCCCGCAAAAUGACCAAUCGAGAUCUGAUUCCAGACAACAAUCCCAUUCAAUGAGGCUGAGAGAAAGAGGGACGAAAGCUGACUCUCCUCAAGUCCUAUCCCGAGGAAAGAGGCCUGCUCCUGAGAGUUCAUCCCGUGGUGUACGUCUUAAAGAGCCUAAGAUUGAGCCUGACAUCGGUUUAUCAUCAGGAAAGGCAAAUACUGAGAGUCUAGCUUUGAUUGUGCCUAAAGAUGAGCCAGUGACAGACGAUAUGCCAUCUUUGGGGGUCCGUGAUGUGAUAAUUCAUACAGUGACGUCCAACGGAGGAGAUUUAUCAAGUGGGCUUAGAGAAGAUUGUGAUCCUGAACCCUUUGCAUUACAAUGUGUGGAUGUACAAGUGACAGCUGAUGGUGCCACAACCCCACAUGCAUCCGGAAGCAAUGGUGGGCUCGCAAUAGUCUCAAAUCAUCGCCCUUUUAACCUAGAGGUUGCUUCCUCACCCUCGGGAGAAGUGAAAUUCUACUUGAGUUAUGAUCCAGCUUCUACAAAUCCUGAUUUUCAGAUGCCUGCUCGUGAGGCGGUUCUAAAAUUAGUCGAGGAUAAAUGUCUCAGGUCACCCAAUACUUUGGAUCCACACAUCUCUAUGAUGGAUGUUCUUAAAGAAAUGUGUCAGUGUUUUUUGACAAUCGGAACUGAUUGCAAUAGCCAGUCUCUAAAGCCGCCGGAUGUGACUCCGACCAUUGAUUCAUUGAGUAAAUCGUCAGCAGUAGACGCUCUAGGUGCUGGGGGUUCUUGUUCUAGUCCUUUAAAUGGGUCUAUGUCAGUCUAUUAUCGAACUCGUUCCAAGGCAUCCCAGGCCCAAAAACCGACACUUUCUGAACCUCGUGACGACGUAAACCAUGAGCAGCAGCAGGACAAAAAGUGUCCUGGAGAUGAACUUAUGGCAAAUGGAGAACAUGAAGGAAAUGGUGUCGAAGAGAAAAAUGAUCUAAGUUUGGAGGUUGUUGUUCAGCAGCCUCUGGUGACUCCUGGAGUCAUGAGGUCACUUAAUUCCGUUAUUGAUAUUGCCAGGGGACAAGAAAAGGUUGUGAUUACCGUAGCGAAUGAUGUUAAUGAUGACUCACCCCCAUCUUUCUCCUAUAUACCCCAAAAUGCUGCAUACCAGAGUGCAUAUGUGAAUUUUUCUUUGGCUCGUAUUGCAGACAAAAAUUGUUGUGGUUCUUGUUCUGGUGACUGUUUGUCGUUAUCCGUGCCCUGUGCGUGCGCACAUGAAACUGGAGGCUAUUUUGCUUACACACCGGAAGGCCUUGUGAAGGAGGAGCUGCUUAAGGAGGCUAUUUCUAUGAAUCGUGACCCGAAGAAGCAUUGUCAGUUUUUUUGCAAGGAGUGCCCUCUGGAAAGAUCCAAAUGCGAGGAUGUUAUCGAGCCUUGCAAAGGGCAUCUGGUGCGAAAGUUCAUAAAAGAAUGUUGGUGGAAAUGUGGUUGUGACAAACAAUGUGGCAAUCGGGUGGUGCAGAGAGGCAUAAGCCGCAAUUUGCAAGUGUUUAUGACUCCUGGAGGAAAAGGUUGGGGUUUACGUACCCUGGAGGACCUGCCCAAGGGUGCAUUUGUAUGUGAGUAUGUUGGGGAGGUUCUGACCAAUGCAGAGCUCUUUGAUCGGGUCUCUCGGAGUCCUAAUGGGGAGAAGCACUCGUAUCCGGUGCUUCUUGAUGCUGAUUGGUGUGCAGAGGGAGUGCUGAAAGAUGAAGAAGCACUUUGCUUAGAUGCUACAUAUUACGGAAAUGUAGCAAGGUUUAUCAAUCACAGAUGUUUCGACUCGACUUUAGUGGAGAUACCGGUGGAAGUGGAGACUCCUGAUCACCACUAUUAUCAUCUUGCCUUCUUCACCACAAGGAAAGUCAAAGCCAUGGAAGAACUCACAUGGGAUUAUGGCAUUGAUUUUGAUGACCACGAGCAUCCCAUUAAAGCAUUUCGUUGCCAGUGUGGCAGCAAAUACUGCCGCAACAUAAAGCGUCGAGCUCGAGCCUCUAGGAAAUGA